AUGCAGGCAAAUGCCACUAACAAUAAUAACGAUACUGUUGGCUUCAACUAUGAUGUCAUGAGGUCUAUCACAACCACAUCAGUCCCUCAAUUUGGAAUCGAGUCAAAUGACUUAGGUCAUUACCUAUGUGGAUUCCCUUGCGAAACUGAUUAUACAUUCCAACAGGGUCAGUUAUCUAAUUCACCUAUUACAUAUAAGCUUACAGUUAAGCCAACAGCAGAGUCUAUUAAAUAUACUGAGAAACCAGUGUUAUGCUUCUUACGUCACGUUUGCCUCUCCAUACAGAUUAAACAGGUGGGACCACCUAUCGUACUUCUCGACGAUUAUGAUUUAUCAGCCCCUGCUAGUGAAUAA